AUGGACUCAUCCAGAAAGAACUGUUCAGGAUUCCUCCAAAGAGGCCAGGAAUCAUUAGUUACUCAGUGCCAAAACGACAAUAUACAAACUUUGGGUGGACUGACCAAGAGUGACAUUUGGUUGGCCGAGAAUCAUUUAUUAGUGAUAAAAGGUGGUACCCUAUCCAGCACAUACGAUGACACAAAGCAGGAAUUUGUGGACCAGAUAUGGCAACCAAUCGAUGAUUAUAAUGCACCAUUACAUCAGGUAAAAAUACCCAAGAACCCCAAAAUACCGCCGCCCUUUCCUGUCCAGCUCAGCGACGACGGGCCCCUCCAAAUCCUGGGCACAAACUCUUCGCGAACGCUUAAUGAGACAGCAGAAACGCCGGCCUACGCCCUACCGCCCCCGCCCGGCUGGGACGGGGAAAUACCCCCCCAAAGCCAAUACUUCCCACCGCAAGCAGGCUCUGCCAAUACCGAUUCGCCCUACAUUACUCCCGGGCAAGCUCCGAUGCGAGGUUCUGUCUCGGGGGAACCCCCAGGGGGGCUGCCGUUCCCCCCCGCCCCAUUGAACGGCAGCUUACCGCCUUAUUUCGCGCAUUUGCCCCCUGGGGCGGUCGUCCUGCCAGCACCAAUAGGCAACGAAACCGACCCAGGGAUACUAGACGAAGAGGACCCGUCAAUCUACUAUCCGCCGCCCUACAGCUUCUACUACCCUAAGGACAACUCAAGCGUGGUCAGUUACUAUACUAUUCAUCUAUCUCUCCUAUUUUAAUCCCUCACCACUUCGACUAACUUUCUGAUAGAUUUUAGGCAUUAAUAACCAUUAACAAUAGCUAAGUUCUUGCCUCAGAGAAAUAAGUAGACGUAGAGGCAACAAUUGCAACUUCACUAUGAUCUGUCCAAGAACAUCUAAUUUAAGAGUUCAUUUCGCUAGUCCGAAAAAGUAGCAAAAUAAGCGUUCGGCAUUUAACGUUUUAUGUCAAACUGGCUAGGUAUUUUUACACAAAUGAAGAAAGAAAUUAAAUAUAAAGGAUUAUACUACACA